CCAGCUUUCUGAAGGACCGUGACCUCUGACCCUGAGCCAGAAGCAGAAUGAGCCAGUGGAAGCAGGUCCAGCAGCUGGAGAUGAGGCUCCUGGAGCAGGUGGACUACCUGUACGAUGACAACUUCCCCAUGGACAUCCGGCAGGGCCUGGCCGGCUGGAUCGAGUCCCAGGACUGGGAUUCUGCGGUCAACGACGAGUCCAUGGCUUCGGUUCUGUUCACCAACCUGCAGACGCAGCUGGAAAAGGUCCGAUCGCAGGAGCAGAACUUCCUGCAAAGACACAACAUGAAAAUCAUUCAGCAGCAGCUGCAGAGGAAAUACACAACCAACCCCACAGGAAUGGCCAGAGUCAUCUCCACCUGCCUGCGGGAGGAGCGGCGGAUCCUGGCCACCACCUGCACACAGGAACAGGGCGCGCUGGAGCAGUCGCUGCAGAACUCUGUGGCCUUUGAGAGACAGAAGAACAUGGACAACCGAGUGAGCAUCAUCAGGAACAGCGUCCAGCUGAUGGACCAGGCGGUGAAAAACAUCGAGGACAUGCAGGACGAUUUCGAUUUCUGCUACAAGACUCUUCAGUCACGAGAAUCGGCAGACAGAACGUCAGAGAUGAUCAAACAGGGAAUAACGCGACUGCAGGAAAUGCUCAACAGGCUGGACUUUAAACGGAAGGAGAUCCUGUCAAAAAUGGACGUGGUGAUCAAAGAGAUCGAUGACCUUAUGACCUCUCAGCUGCGACCGGAGCUGCAGGACUGGAAACGGCGGCAGCAGAUCGCCGCCAUCGGUGGGCCGCUGCUGACGGGGCUGGAGCAGCUGCAGAGCUGGUUCACGCUGACGGCACAGAGCCUCUUCCAGAUCAAACGGCAGCUGGACACUGGAGAACUGGUGGUGAAGGUGACGUAUGAGAGCGACCCCAUCCCGCUGCAGAAGCCUCAGAUGGAGGAGCGAGUGAAAUACCUGAUCUACCACCUGAUCAAGAGGUGAACCCUCCUUGUGGUGGAGAAGCAGCCCUGCAUGCCCACACACCCACAGAAACCUCUGAUCAUCAAGACCGGAGUCCAGUUCACCACCAAAGUCCGACUUUUGGUCAAACUUCCUGAAGUGGAUUAUCAGCUAAAAGUGAAAACAACAUUUGAUAAGGACCUUCCAGCCGGCAGAGUAAGCAGACAGUUCUUCAUCCUCACCAACAACACGAAAGUGAUGGACAUCGAGGAUUACUCCAACGGCUGCCUCUCCGUCGAGUUCAGACACCUGCAGCUGAAAGAGAAGAAGUACACCAACGGCACCAAGGGCAACGAGGGCCUGCUCUCUGUGACAGAGGAACUUCACUCGCUGAGCUUCGAGGCCUGCUUCACCGUGCAGGGCCUCGCCGUCGACCUGGAGACAUGUUCGCUGCCACUGGUGGUAAUCUCCAACGUGAGCCAGCUGCCGGGCGGCUGGGCCUCCGUCAUGUGGUACAACCUGCUGACCGACGAGCCGCGGAACCUGGGCUUCUUUGGGAACCCCCGCGCCAGCUGGACCCAGCUGUCUGAGGUUCUCAGCUGGCAGUUCUCCACCUUCGCCGGCCGCGGCCUCAACAAGGAGCAGCUGGACAUGCUGGGCGAAAAGCUGCUGGGUCAGCAAGCCUCAUGUGGGGAUUACCAAGUAUCCUGGUCCAAGUUUGCUAAGGAGAACAUUCCUGGAAAGCCGUUCAGUUUCUGGAUGUGGCUGGAUUCCAUCCUGGAGCUCAUCAAGAAGCACCUGCUGCCGGUCUGGAACGAGAACUUCAUCAUGGGCUUUGUGAGCAAAGAGAUGGAGCGCGCUCUGCUGAAGGACCGCCAGCCCGGAACCUUUCUGCUGCGCUUCAGCGAGAGUCACCUGGGAGGAAUCACCUUCACCUGGGUGGAGCACAGCGACAGCGGGGACGUAAAGUUCAACUCCGUGGAGCCGUACACCAAGAACCGCCUGAGCGCGCUCCCAUUCGCUGACAUCAUACGUGACUACAAGGUGAUCUCAAAUGGCGGCGUUCCGGAAAACCCGCUCAAGUUCCUGUAUCCCGACAUUCCCAACGAGGCCUUCGGACGGCUCUACAACAGCCAGCCCAGCAAAGUCUAUCCAUAUAUCCCGUCAACUCUGAUCCCCAUCUCCGAGCUGCGAUCAGAAGCUAGCUCCACGCCGCGCUCCUGCCCGUCUCCGGAGCCGCCCAUGACGCCCGGAGAGUUCGACAUGCUCAGUGAGCACCUGUGCUUCGACAUCGACACCAUGAGCUCUCCGUACUCAGAGUGAAUCCUCAACGUUUCUCUUCAAAACUAAACAUCAUAAAUAUUUCAUGUUGUUCGUUCAUGUUUAAAGGAACCAAAACAUCUUUAAUGUUUUUAUUUAAUGUUGUUGUAAUUUGAGGUCCAAUAUUACUGAAGUUCUCUGUAAAAAGUUUUUCUAAAUAAAUUUUCUCCUUAAUAUCA